CGGUGGUGUGAGGCGCGUGUUGGGGCACUCUCCGCAUCCGCUCCGCUGCUGCCCGCCGCUGGACGCCAGCCUUCAGGCCUCUGCCCGCCGCGGCCAUGCCACGCGUCUACAUAGGACGCCUCAGCUACAACGUCCGGGAAAAGGACAUCCAACGCUUUUUCAGCGGCUACGGCCGCCUCCUCGAAGUAGACCUUAAAAAUGGCUACGGCUUCGUGGAGUUCGAGGACUCCCGCGACGCCGACGACGCCGUUUACGAGCUGAACGGCAAGGAGCUCUGCGGCGAGCGUGUGAUCGUAGAGCAAGCCCGGGGCCCGCGCCGCGACCGCGACGGCUACAGCUACGGAAGCCGCAGUGGGGGAGGUGGAUACAGCAGUCGGAGAACCUCUGGCAGAGACAAAUACGGACCACCUGUUCGUACAGAGUACAGGCUUAUUGUAGAAAACCUAUCUAGUCGCUGCAGUUGGCAAGAUUUAAAGGAUUUCAUGAGACAAGCAGGUGAGGUGACCUACGCGGAUGCUCACAAAGAACGCACAAAUGAGGGUGUGAUUGAGUUUCGCUCCUACUCUGACAUGAAACGAGCUUUGGAUAAACUGGAUGGUACAGAAAUAAAUGGCAGAAACAUCCGGCUCAUUGAAGAUAAGCCGAGAACAAGCCAUAGGCGCUCUUACUCUGGAAGCAGAUCAAGGUCACGAUCUAGAAGAAGGUCACGAAGUAGGAGUCGCAGGAGCAGCCGCAGUAGAUCUCGAAGCGCUUCCAAAAGUCGCUCCCGAUCCAGGUCAAGGAGCAAAGGUCGAUCGCGUUCUCGGUCAAAAAGCAGGAAGUCAAGAUCAAAGAGCAAAUCUAAGCCCAAGUCUGAUCGAGCAUCCCGUUCCCGCUCUAGAAGUAGAUCUAAGGAUAAGUAUGAAAAAUCUCGGAGCAGAUCUCGGAGUAGGUCUCGUUCACCCAAGGAAAAUGGGAAAAGUGAUGUGAAGUCAAAAUCCAGAUCGAGGAGCCAGUCUCGAUCCAAUUCACCCGUACCUGCCCCACCUUCAAAGGCUCAUUCUGUGUCUCCACCAAAAAGAGCUGCAUCAAGAUCCCGCUCUAGGUCUCGUUCAAAGUCAAGGUCGAGGUCCAGAUCAAGCUCCAGAGAUUAACCCAGAACUCUUGUCUUUGCACACUGUUAUGGAACACUUUCUUACUUGCUUAGGCAGUUACUCUUUUGUGUUUAUACUCUGUCUCUUCUGCAAGAGGAAUUGCCUAAAAAGAGGUUCACAGCAAUUUGAUUUGUGGCCAAAUUGGGUGAAAAAGAUAAAUGGUGGCAUGAAGUCAAAGACCCUCUCCCUUUGUAGAAUUAAGAUAACUUUGAUUUUAUAGUUUUGGGGCUAUAACUUUUAUAAAGAUUAAUCUCUGUCAAGAGUUUCGUUUUGUUUUCUUAGGUUUGCAGCAGAAUCUGCUGCAGGUUUUUUGUUUUAUUUGUUUGGUUAUUUUUAAAUUAACUGUUUGAAGCUUUGAAUACUUAAGGGUUUAGAGGGAAAAUUCAAAUUUUCAAUUAUGUUGGCUUUUUAUAAAGCUUGAGUUAUGUAAAAAAUAAAAGUUUGCUACCAACAUGACUGCCUUAUGAAUAGGUCAAUAGUAAACUUUUAAUACUAACAUCUGCUAUUUGUGCAAACAAUGUAAAUUCUACUUAAGUUGUAAAACAAGGCAAGCUUCUGACCAGCAAUAAAUUAUUCGAUUUGGAUAACAUUAUUUUGUGCUGUUGAUCAAAUUUGCCAAAGUCUACUACCCCUCCAAGUAAGUUAAAAAUAAAAGGUACUUUGUAUUGAAUCUGUUAAGUUUUGCCUAAAUUAAUUGGUUUCAUGUAAGUUUUCUGAAAGUUUCAUUGAACUCUUCUAAUAAUAGCUCCUAAAUACUUGGGAUCUUAUUUAGUUAGCUAGUAGUCCCGUUUCCUGAAAAUGGUCUGUAAUAUUGUGUUAGAUUAUGGUUCAGUAAUCUUACAUAAAAAUGAUGAAAGUAACGUCUGCAUAUUCUUGCUUACUAGAAAGGGCAACUUUUCUAAUGAGAUCAUUUACAGAUAACAUACUGGUAAAAAUCUACUGCAAAGUAAAAUGCCACCCAACAGUCCAGCCCCCUUUGUAGUUCAUAUUGGGAUAUGUAGUAGAUAACUGGUGAGAUUCUUAACUGUGUAAACUACACAAUGUAUAGUUAAUUUGAAGAAAUUAAAGGGGUUUACCAUAAACUAUCUGUUAUCUCUUUAUGACUAAAGUGUAAUGAAUGCUGUAUAAUCCAAAAUAUUAAACGGCAAUUUUUUUUUAAUUGUUA